GUACACGAUCAAAGGAUCGUUCACCGUGACCUGGAGCCGGAGAAAUUUCUUCCGACGGACCAGUAUCCGCCCAACGUGAAGAUUUCCGACUUUGGGCUAGCGAAGCCGAUGGAUUCCCAGACGAUCUUCAAGACGUUCUCCGGCACCCCCAUAUACCUCGCGCUGGAAGUGGCCGUGCACGACGCGUUCCCGACACCGGACGGAUACUCGAACCUGGUCGACAGCUGGAGCGUCGGCGUGAUU